AUGGAGACAGAUCACAUUGGCCGACUGCCCGCGGAGCUCAAAUGCGCAGUCGUGCGCUAUCUGGUCCUCAAGGAUCGGCAAGCGGUCUCGCUCAUAAACAGUGAUUGGGCCGUCGUCGCGAUGCCCAUCAUGUGGGAAACUUUUACCACGGACCUACUCGUCAAGACUGGCCCGGGCUCACGAAAUGUGCGCGGUUUAGCAUCCCCCGCCUCGAACAUCGUUAAGCAUGUCCGCAAAGUCAACCUCCUCGACCGACCAAACGCGUUUAAAGAAGCAGACCAACUGCCACAACUACUCGCUGCCAUCCCUCGCGGUCAACUAUGUGGCUUCAAGAGCGGAAGUGGGGUACCCAUCAGCCUUCAUAUCGGUGCUCUCAUCCUCCCUGCGACUUUUGGCACCAUGUUCCAGCGGAUAGACAUCAUUGCUCUUACCGAACUCGUCCUCGAUGGUACCGCACUCGUCGCUGGACUCUUGGAGGCCAUGGGCUCGGACUUCCAGAAGCGAGAACCCUCUCUGAGGAAGCUGCGACUUCUCCUGAUGGAUGAGGACGAGUCAAAUGACAUUCGCUCCCAGCUAGAGUUGUUUCUACUCUCUUUCCACGGACUGAGCCAGCUACAUUACCAGUGCGGCAACUGCGACAAGAUCGACGUUGAUGGCAUCAUCAACCAUGGGGAGACACUCACGGACCUACUCAUCGUCAACGGAGGUGUCCACCGACAAGAUGCCACCGAAUGCAUGAGCGCGGAAGAUCUGGGCAAGGUCGCCAUCGCAUGUCCAAGCCUCGAGCAACUCUGCCUCAACCUAUACGAGAUCGAUCCGGAUACACCAGAAGGAGACUUCCUCGGCCCGAAAACAUCCGUACCUUUAGAAUCGACAGAGUUCGAAAAGGCUUUGAGCGCUAUCGCUAGCAUGAAAGCGUUACGGCUACUACGCUUGACAAAUCUGCCCAACUAUCGCAAAGCCUACCACCGCCAAGGAGAGUUCAUGCGCUUCUUUCGCCGAUCGCUUGAGAGCGGAGAGCAGCGCUAUGCGUUUCAGGCCCGAGCAGGUGAGAUUUCCCAUAUAUGA